GCUGUGACGUCACUGGCAGGGCGGGGCAGGUAUUCCAAGCGCUGUGUAUUUUGUCUCUACGUGGAGGAGGCAGGACUCUAAACUGGACGUUUUCUGGAAUUUCAGGCGCACCGACACCCCACCUGACUGACCAGCUCAGGUCAAUCACAGAAAAAUGUCUGGAAAGAUAACAAAAGAGGAUAUGGAGGAGAUGAGGGAGAUCUUUAACAAAAUUGACCUGGACAACGAUGGAUACAUCGUUGAUUUUGAACUCCAUGAGCUCCUCAAAGAGGCCGGCCAUCCACUGCCUGGAUACAUGGUUCGAGAAAUCAUCCAGAAACUUGAUCGCAACAAGGAUAAUAGGAUCAGCUUUGAUGAGUUUUUGUUGAUUGUCCAGGACCUGAAGGGCAGUGAAGUAGCAAAAACCUUUCGGAAGGCCAUCAACAGAAAAGAGGGCAUCUUGGCUAUCGGAGGGACGUCUGAGCUGUCAAGCGAAGGCACACAACACUCAUUCUCUGAGGAGGAGCGAUAUGCCUUUGUGAACUGGAUCAACACUGCUUUGGAGAAAGACCCUGACUGCCAACAUGUCCUGCCCAUGGAUCCCAACACAGACUCUCUCUUCACUUCUCUCUGGGACGGUAUAGUGCUCUGCAAAAUGAUCAACCUGUCAGUGCCAGACACUAUCGAUGAGAGAACCAUAAAUAAGAAGAGGCUGACACCGUUUACUACACAGGAGAACCUGAACCUGGCCCUGAAUUCGGCUUCUGCCAUUGGUUGCCAUGUGGUGAACAUUGGUGCGCAAGACCUGAAGGAGGGGAAGCCUCAUCUGGUGCUGGGCCUGCUGUGGCAGAUCAUCAAGAUUGGCCUGUUUGCUGACAUCGAGCUCAACCCCUCAACAGCACUGGCGGCAUUGCUAAGAGACGGGGAAACCCUGGAGGACCUGAUGAAGCUAUCUCCAGAAGAACUGCUGCUACGCUGGGCAAACUUUCACCUAGAAAAUGCUGGCUGGCAAAAGAUCAACAACUUCAGCUCUGACAUCAAGGACUCAAAGGCCUAUUUCCACCUCUUGAAUCAAAUCUCUCCAAAAGGUACAGAGGAAGAGCAUCCCCGCAUAGACAUCAACAUGUCAGGCUUCAGUGAGAGAGAUGACAUAAAGAGGGCAGAAGCCAUGCUGCAGCAGGCCGACAGGCUUGGCUGUCGACAGUUUGUCACCCCAACUGACGUUGUCAGUGGAAACCCCAAGCUCAACCUCGCCUUUGUGGCCAAUCUGUUCAACAAAUACCCAGCACUGACCAAACCUGAGAAUGAGGAUAUUGACUGGGGACUGUUGGAGGAUGAGACACGAGAAGAGAGGACAUUCCGAAACUGGAUGAAUUCUCUGGGGGUGAAUCCAAAUGUCAAUCAUCUCUAUUUAGACUUACAGGAUGCCAUGGUCAUCCUUCAACUCUAUGAGAAGAUUAAAGUUCCUGUUGACUGGAACAAGGUCAACAAGCCACCUUACCCCAAGCUGGGAACCAACAUGAAAAAGUUGGAAAAUUGUAACUAUGCAGUGGACCUGGGCAAAACGGCCAAGUUCUCCCUUGUUGGCAUCGGCGGGCAGGACCUGAAUGAUGGCAACUCUACUCUGACUCUGGCAGUGGUGUGGCAGCUGAUGAGAAGAUACACGUUAUAUGUACUGGAGGGAUUAGGAGACGGAGAGAAGGUAAAUGAUGACAUCAUUGUAAAGUGGGUGAACAAAACCUUGGCGCAGGCUGGAAAAUCAUCCAAGAUUUCGAGCUUUAAGGACAAGGAGAUCAGCAGCAGCUUGGCCGUACUGGAAUUGAUAGACGCCAUCCAGCCUGGCAGCAUCAACCAUGACCUGAUCAAAACUGGAAAACUGUCUGAAGAGGACAAGCUGGAGAAUGCCAAAUAUGCCAUAUCCAUGGCCAGGAAGAUAGGUGCCCGUGUCUAUGCUCUCCCAGAAGACCUCGUGGAGGUCAAGCCCAAAAUGGUGAUGACAGUCUUUGCCUGCUUGAUGGGUCGGGGGAUGAAGCGGGUCUAAGAGACUGUGUAAGACUUACUCAUCCCCCCAAGCCAUUAGCUUUUUGAAAGAGCUCUCCCACCUGAAGGAAUGAAGGUUUUUGUUUUUUUGGUUUGGUUUGUUUUUUUGUUUUUUUUUGUUUUUUUUUUUUAAAGAAUGUUGUCAGAAUCAUGAAUUUGCAUGUAUCCCUGCCUCCUGUGAUCAACAGAGGUGUUAACUGAAGAAUAUCAUGCUGUCUUUUCGUUUGAAAUGAGUCCACAAUACUAAAAGUCUUAAAGGGGUGGGUCUUUUGUUACACAAAACAACUCCUUACAUUCAGUAUGCAGAACUCUUAAUUCAUCUAUAAGAAUGCUGUUUUUAGAGCAAAUAUGCAUAUUUCCAGCUGCAAGGUUGUUUACAUAUUUUUACUCAAACUGAUAAGUAAAUGAUGUCCUUGACUAAGCAACACACAUUCCUGAAUACCACGAAUUAUUACUUUGCUUGGCAAGGCAAAAUAAGUAAGAGAGGCAGGAUGUUUAGGCACAGAACCCGUCACCUAAACGUUCCUUCAUGUAACAAAGUACAAGCAAGUCUUAAUAACUGGCACCAUAAACUUCUACAUAUCUGCAAGCAGAAGCCUUAAGGUUAGAUUAUAUUCAUGACAAGGCUCAUGUGCUGUCUGCAUUUUUGUAUUUGUCAUUUGUUUGUUUCUUGAGAUUAUUACCGAACUGCUGCUUUGGGGUGUCUGGUCUUUUUGGUUUUGUUUGUUUGUCAUGUCGGAUGAGGAGCAUGCUGACUGGACUCUCCUAGCUCCUGCUGUGCCUUCUUGUCUCAGAGAUGACACGUACUUGUACUUUGAGGCCUUUUUUUUUUUUUUUUUUUGUAUUAAACAUUUCCAAAUAUAAACGGCAACUUCAUUCCAGGUAGCUUCAUAAUAUUCUAUGACAAUGGCCGAAUUGUAUUUGGUCUCAUGUUCAUGUCUACACUUAAGUGCUUUACAUGCAACAAUAAAUAUGCCUUUGAAAUCUG